AUGAUGAAGUUUCACAAGUUACUGAAGCCAAAACCAGCUCCAUUUUUCAUGUUUGGUUUGCUGAUAAGCUACAACCUCAUGGAAAAUUGGCUAAAUUCUACGAUGAUGGACUAUCUCACAGAGUCACUGAAUAGUGAAAGGGGUAGUGCUAUGGUUAGAAAUAUGCAAGAUGGCUUGUCAUGUCUGUUUGUCGUGAUUGCUUAUCUAAUGUCAGAAGCCUACACCGGCAGUUUCACUGCAAUAAGUUUUUGUGCAAGUGCCUCCACCAUGGGUUCAAUGUUGUUCUGGAUAUCUUCAAUGUCAGAUCGCAAGUACUUCGAAUAUUAUAUGGUCAUUGUAGCAAUUGCUCUUCUUACAAUGGGAAACAUCGCCGGUAAAUGUUUGUCCCAAGAUUUUUUCGACUCUCAUUUGGAGGAGAUAGCGAGAGCUAAAAAAGAAGAGUUAGGACAACAAAGCAUAAACAACAAUGCAAGGCUAUACUAUAUCUCUGUUGCGUGGACGAUCUUUCUAUAUUUUUGUUCGUUUGGUGCAGUCGUUAUUUGCUCUGUAGUUGCUGGUGAUAAUCCGUGGCACGGCAUUAGAUUUGUGUCACCAUUCAUGGUAGGGACCUAUAUGUUGUUCUACUUUGGAUAUGCAUGGUACAACCAUGAAGAUUUGCUUCCUGAAAGCAAUGUUGGCAAGUUUUGUAGAGUGUGCAAAGCAGCUUAUAGGAAAAGGAUUUUGGCAUAUUUAACCACAGAAGAUGGAUAUUACUGGAAGAAUUAUAAGCAGGGACAUCUCUAUGAGGCUAACCAUGGGCAAGACCGGGUUGUAAGGUUGUUACCGCGAGUACCUUGGGGGUUUGGAUGGUUGGAAAAAGCAGCUAUAAUUGGCAAGAAACAAACUGAAAAUGAUGAUGUUAGUCCCCAUAUGCAAGAGACGAAAGGGGAGCUUUGCACAGUUAAGCAAGUUAGAGAAGCCAAGAGCAUUGUUUUGUUGCUCUGUUGGGGCUUUUGCUUAUUCCCUUACAGUUUUGUUGCGGCUUCUGGGAACACUUUUUUUGUUUCACAAGCGAGCAGUUUGAAAAUUUUCAUGCUUAUUGACAUUUCCUAUCUCUUCUUGCUCAAGACCACCAUGACUAGCAUGGUAAUACCAAUGCUUUUCCUGAUAGUGGAAGAACCUAAUGUGGCUAAGAAGAUCAGCAAGAUCAUCAUCAAAUUUGGAGCCAAUAGAAAAAUAAUAGAUUCAACGACCGUGAACAUUGGAAUUAUGAGUACAAAGGCCUUGAUUCCACAAUUUCUGUUGUUGGGAGUGGCGGAAGCGCUUGUUGAAGGCAAAGACGGUCUAUCCAGGUUAUUCGAGAACUACGCAUCAGAAUCUGUGAGGAACUUUGCUGAGCCAUUCAGUAAUCUGGUGAUUGGUUUAGGAAAACUCUUGAGCAUACCAUGGUUCUUGAUUUUCGACAGGUGGCUUUAUAAAUCAAACAACACCGCCAGCCGCCAUUUGGACAAAUAUUUUCUCAUGUUAGCAAUACUCAAUAUUGUGUCUCUUAUCGGUUUUUCAUUUUAUUAUUACAUGUUUGUGCACGAUAAUGAAUUUCCAGAGGACGAAGAAAGAAGAAGAAGAAGAAGAAGAAGAAUAAGAAGAAGAAGAAGAAGAAGAAGAAGAAGAAUGAUGGAGCAAAUAGUGGUUGAUGAUGGUUUAGAAUCAGACUUUGAUGAUGGAGCAAAUGGCGUCGAGAGAAAUUCGGCAACUAACCAAGGGCCAGAGGUUCCCGAAGAGGAUAAGGAAAUUGAGAUGGAGCAAAUAUCAGAGCAUGAUCAUGAAAUAGAGCCAAUUUCAGAACAUGCAACGAGAGAAGAACAUUUGACAACAAUCUUUGAAGGAGAUUCCAAUCUCCAGAACAACGGGGUACUUCUUGUUGUAGUAGAAAGUAACGAAGCAUAAUUGCUUGUUGUUCUCAUUUUAGACUUGUAAUUUUUUUGUUACAACAAUUGUUCUAGUUACUCGAUCCUCUCUCUGUUUU